AGCGAGGAUCGAUUAGUACGGCAGAAGCCUUCGAAUAAUAAUCAUCCAUACUUAUUCACUGCUAAGUGUCUGUUGUUAAUAUGAUGCUUCGUUUUUCUUUAGCGAGCCUUGCCCUGUGGAGCAACAUUCUCCCUUUCGAACACGUUACAGCUUUCAGCCCUCUGGCUACAAAAGGACAUCAGAAACGUGCAUCGAUUGUAAACGGGUUGCAAAUGGCGUCGACUGCUUCGUCGGCCGAUACUUUGACCGUCACGCCAAUUAAAAGUUUGGAUGGGACUGUGACAUUGCCCGGAUCAAAAUCAUUGAGUAACCGUUGUCUUUUGCUCGCAGCUCUAUCAGAGGGAGAAACUCGUGUUGACAAUUUGCUAGAAAGUGAUGAUAUUCGUUACAUGCUUGAAGCGUUAGAUACGUUGAAAGUUCCUGUUGAGAAACAUUCCAGUGAAUCAGUCACCGUUAGCGGUCAAGCUGGGCCAAUCAACUCGCCAAUUCCACAAGAAAAUAUUGAUCUCUUUCUUGGAAAUGCAGGAACAGCUAUGCGACCACUGGCAGCUGCCUUGUGUAUGGGGCAGGGAAAAUUUGUGUUGGACGGCGUGCCUAGAAUGAGAGAGCGUCCUAUUGCUGACUUGAUUGACGGCCUUCAACAACUUGGAGCCGAAGUUACCUGCGUCGAAGAAACAGGUUGUCCUCCUGUUACCAUUAACGCUGAAGGUCUUAAAGGUGGAGAGGUACGUUUUGCUUCAAGAUGAAAACAAAUGAAUCGAAUCUUUGCGUUAGCAUGUUGAAGGUUGCUCGUAAUUAAAGUUUGCGCCGUUGAUCAAACUGAACGUUUCAUUUAUUCUUCAACUGGUCGCUUGCUUGAAAUGAAUUCUCCAUUCAUAGGCGUCGAUUAGCGGAAAAAUGUCGUCGCAAUUUCUGUCGUCGUUGCUUAUGGCCUCGCCUGUUGUCGACGGCGAUGUGGUAAUUAAGAUCAAGGACGAAUUGAUUUCAGCUCCAUAUGUAGCACUGACCAUUGGGCUGAUGAAGAAAUUUGGCGUCAAUGUAGAAAUCGAAGGCAGUAUGGAUGAACGACCGACUUUUAAAAUCGCGAAAUCUGAGAAGUACAUCAGUCCUGAGUCUAUCUUGGUCGAAGGCGAUGCUAGCUCGGCAAGUUAUUUCAUUGCUGGUGCAGCUAUUACAGGAGGAACAGUCACCGUUCGUGGAUGCGGAUCCGAGAGUGUCCAAGGUGAUGUCGCAUUCGCCGAUGUUAUGGAAAAGAUGGGGGCCACUGUUACUUGGGGGCCUGAAAGUAUCACCGUUACUCGUGAUCCAUCUGUUCAACUCAAGGGUGUCGAUGUUGACUGCGGAAAGAUCCCUGAUGCAGCCAUGACUCUGGCCGUUGCUGCCUUGUUUGCCGAAGGUCCGACGACCAUUAGGAAUGUGUACUCCUGGAGGCUCAAGGAGACUGAACGCAUGAAGGCUAUUGUUGCAGAAUGUACCAAGCUUGGUGCAAAAGUCGAAGAAUUCGAAGAUUACUGCAUCAUUCACCCUCCAGAAGGCAACAAGAUUAAUGACAAUGUUUUGAUUGAGACUUACGAUGAUCACCGAAUGGCCAUGACUUUCAGUCUGGCGGCAUGCGGGGGCGUCGAUGUAAUUAUCAAUGAUCCAGGAUGUACGGCCAAAACCUUCCCUACGUAUUUCGAUAUGCUUGAAAGCAUUGCGACACACUAAAUCAAUUACUUUUUCGAUGGAUGACAUAUGAAUAGCUACUUUCAUUAGCCUCUAACGAACCA